UUAAAUAAUAACAAGUGAAUUAUUAUGAUUAUUAUUUUAAAUUUAUAAAAAAUUUUAAUUAAAUAAAAUGGCAAAUAAAAUAUUCCAUAACUGUUUAUUGGCCAGUGUGUUUGCCGUGGCUAUGAUUACCUUAACCCAGGCUGCUAUAUUAGAAAAACCCGUCACCGAUCUCUGUAUGGGUUGCAUUUGUGAGGCCCGUAGUGGCUGCAAUCAAACACCCAUUUGCUGCAGAGGUGUCUGUGGCAUGUUCUUCAUUACCAGGCCCUACUGGGCCGAUGGCGGUAAUCUCACCAUUAACAAUGAAGAUCCUACCUCUGAAAAUGCCUUUCCCAACUGUGUCAAUGAUCCCUAUUGUGCUGCCAAUACCAUUCAAAAUUAUAUGCGGAAAUUCUCUCAAGAUUGCAAUGGUGAUAAUGCUGUGGAUUGCUACGAUUAUGCUGCCAUCCAUAUGUUGGGUGGCCAUGAUUGCCAGGGUGAAUUAUCCUACCAAUAUCACAGUAAAUUGUCCACAUGUUUAAAUAGUUUUGGCGAUAUUGAUGUUCGUUCGAAUUAAACGCAUUUUGAGUGAAUUACAAAAA